UCCUCCGCUGUUGCACUGUGUGGGUGAGGGAACCGGGCGCCCGAAGGAGCAGAGAAGAGCAGCUCGAGUUUGACGCGAGCGGGUGGGGAAAAGGAGGGAAGAGAGGCUGGAAGGAGCGAUUUGGACUAGGGCUGGGGGGGCCGAGGAUCCCAAGCGGGCCGAAGAGGGGCGCGAAAUUGGCUUCGGGAUGAUGAUGGAGGACGGAUUCUCCAGCUACAGCAGCCUCUAUGACACUUCCUCGCUUCUGCAGUUCUGCAAUGAUGACAGUGCUUCUGCUGCCAGCAGCAUGGAGGUGACAGACCGCAUAGCUUCACUUGAACAACGUGUUCAGAUGCAGGAAGAUGACAUUCAGUUGCUCAAGUCCGCUCUGGCAGAUGUCGUUAGACGUUUAAAUAUUACUGAGGAGCAACAGGCCAUGCAGAACAGGAAAGGACCUACCAAAGCAAGACCAUUAAUUCAAACACUGCCUUUAAAGACUACUGUCAAUAAUGGAACUGUCUUACCAAAGAAAUCUAGUGGUUCUCUACCUUCUCCAUCAGGAACCAGGAAAGAAAUUGUAUCACCAGCAGCAAAAAGCACUAUUAAAAGAACCAAUUCAACUGAAGGUGUUUCUCCUGGUGGUCGGAGGGAAAGUUACGGUGAUUCCAAAGGCAAUCGCAAUCGAGCUGGAUCCACAAGCAGUUCAUCUAGUGGUAAAAAGAACAGUGACUGCAAGCCCAAGGAGCCAAUGUUCAGUGCAGAGGAAGGAUAUGUUAAAAUGUUUCUGCGUGGACGUCCUGUUACCAUGUACAUGCCAAAAGAUCAAGUGGAGUCUUACAAUUUGGAAGCGAAGGCAGAACUACCAUCCAAAAAGCUUAAACUGGAAUGGGUCUAUGGUUAUAGAGGUCGAGAUUGUCGCAAUAAUCUGUACCUCUUACCAACCGGAGAAACUGUUUACUUCAUUGCAUCUGUGGUUGUAUUGUAUAAUGUUGAAGAACAACUCCAGAGACAUUACAUUGGUCACAAUGAUGAUGUGAAGUGCCUAGCAGUACAUCCUGACAGGAUUACCAUAGCAACUGGUCAGGUUGCAGGAACAUCUAAAGAUGGAAAACAAUUGCUGCCUCAUGUCCGCAUUUGGGAUUCCGUUACUUUGAAUACACUACAUGUAAUUGGCAUGGGAUUCUUUGAUCGAGCUGUUACAUGCAUUGCAUUUUCUAAAUCAAAUGGGGGCAGUAACCUGUGCUCAGUGGAUGACUCCAAUGACCAUGUGCUUUCAGUAUGGGACUGGCAGAGGGAAGAAAAAGUUGCAGAGGUCAAGUGCUCUAAUGAAGCAGUAUUUGCCGCUGAUUUUCACCCUACAGACACUAACAUAAUAGUUACAUGUGGAAAAUCUCAUCUUUAUUUUUGGACGAUUGAAGGGAAUUCUCUUAUCAAAAAGCAGGGAUUAUUUGAGAAACAAGAAAAGCCAAAGUUUGUCUUGUGUGUGACAUUUUCUGAAAAUGGAGAUACAAUCACAGGAGAUUCAAGUGGAAAUAUUUUAAUAUGGGGAAAGGGUACCAACAGAAUAAGCACUGCAAUUCAAGGAGCUCAUGAAGGGGGUAUAUUUGCCCUUUGUAUGUUACGAGAUGGCACCCUUGUGUCUGGAGGUGGAAAGGACAGAAAGUUGAUAUCUUGGAAUAGGAAUUAUCAGAAACUUCACAAAACUGAGAUUCUGGAGCAGUUUGGUCCUAUAAGAACAAUAGCAGAAGGGAAAGGUGACAUUGUUUUAAUAGGAACCACUCGAAACUUUGUGCUCCAAGGUUCUUUGUCAGGAGACUUUUCUCCCAUUACCCAGGGCCAUACUGAUGAACUUUGGGGACUAGCAGCUCAUCCGACCAAACCUCAGUUUUUUACAUGUGGACAAGACAAACACAUUAUGCUCUGGGAUGCGAUCAGUCAUCGUCCAAUCUGGAACAAAACUAUAGAGGUACUUUUUAAAAAAAAAAUGGGGUGGAUUUUUGAUCUGAUUCAGCAGCUUUCCUAUGAAACAACUUUUCCUCUUAAUGUUUUUAUUAACAGGUGGUUUGUGUUUGAUACUGAAACAAAGGAUUUGGUCACUGUACAUACAGAUGGAAAUGAACAGCUGUCCACAAUGUGUUACUCACCAGAUGGCAACUUCUUGGCAAUAGGCUCUCAUGACAAUUGCAUUUAUAUAUACAGUGUUAGUGACAAUGGAAGAAAAUAUAGUAGAAUUGGCAAAUGUUCAGGUCAUUCCAGUUUCAUUACUCACUUGGAUUGGUCUGCUAACUCUCAGUAUCUUGUGUCUAAUUCAGGGGACUAUGAAAUCCUAUACUGGGUUCCUUCAGCUUGUAAGCAAGUAGUAAGUGUUGAAACCACUAGAGAUAUAGAAUGGGCUACUUACACAUGUACUCUAGGAUUUCAUGUUUUCGGUGUGUGGCCAGAAGGUUCAGAUGGCACAGAUAUAAAUGCCCUUUGUCGCUCACAUGAAAUAAAUUUAUUAUCAACUGGUGAUGACUUUGGCAAAGUACAUCUCUUUUCUUAUCCAUGUUCACAGUUUAGGGCUCCAAGUCAUGUGUAUGGUGGGCAUAGCAGUCAUGUAACCAAUGUAGAUUUUCUAUAUGAAGAUACUCAUCUCAUCUCUACAGGUGGAAAAGAUACUAGCAUUAUGCAAUGGCGAGUUGUUUAGGAGAAUCCUUGCAUGAAGCUAUAUGUGCAAACAAGAACUGGCCUUGCAUCAAAGUUCUGUACAAAAUGUAUAUUGAAAAUUUAACAGUAUGGUUACUGUCUAGCCUAGCCACUGUGAUUUUGAAAUUCUUACAAACCUCAGGAAAGUUAAGUCCUUGGCUACUUACCAUAAUUAUUUUGGUUAUUCAUUAAGCAUCACUUCAAAAAACAAUUAUCAUCUCUUUGUUGUAUAUUAUAUGAAGAAAUUCAAGUUUAAAAUGAAGUCAUGGCUUGAAUAUUUAUGCAAUAUAAAUGAAAAAAAA